AUGGGACAGUAUCUCUCCUCUCCCGUCACGGAGAAGGACACGUUGGAGGGCAGCACAGAUGACCUCAGCUACGGCAUAUCCGCGCACCAGGGGUGGCGGAAGAACAUGGAGGACGCACACAUCGCGCACCACAUCAGCAAGGACACCUACCUGUUUGGAAUCUUCGACGGUCAUGGUGGGCCCGAGGUUGCGAAGUUCUGCUCCAUGUACAUCCGGGAGGAGCUGGAGCGAUCUGGGGAGUUCAAGGCGGGGGAGUACGAGGGCAGCCUCGUGCACGUCUUCCACCGCAUGGACGACCUGAUGCGCUCCGCCGAGGGCUUCUCCCAGCUGGAGUCCAUCCGCAAGAGCCUGGACAAAGCCUCCGCGACAGAGGACGAGGAGGGCGACGACACGUACAGCAUGCUUCGCAAGCUGGCGGGGUGCACGGCGGUGGUGGCACUGCUCAAGGGCCGGCGGCUGUUCGUGGCCAACGCGGGCGACUCGCGCGCGGUGUUGGCGCGGCGCGGCGUGGCCGUCCCCCUCUCCCACGACCACAAGCCUUCGGCGGCGGGCGAGCGCGCGCGCAUCAUGGCCGCCGGCGGCUUCGUGUCCGAGGUGGGCGGCAUCACGCGCGUGAACGGCAACCUGAACCUCUCCCGCGCCAUCGGCGACCUGCGCUACAAGGCCAACCCCGCACUGGAAGCCAAGGACCAGAUCAUCACCGCCCAGCCCGACCUCUGCGUGGAGGCCCUGGUGCCGGGGGACCGCUUCAUGGUGCUGGCCUGCGACGGCAUCUGGGACGUCAUGAGCAACCAGCAGGUGGUGGACUUUGUCGGCGCACGCCUGGACGAGGGGCUGACCCCCACGCAGGCUGCCAGCGAGCUGCUCAACGCCUGCGUGGCUUCCGACCCGCGCGAGACGCGCGGCAUCGGCUGCGACAACAUGACUGCCUCGGUGGUCGUGUUCAAGGGCCUCGAUGAGGAGGGCGCGGACUUUGUGACGGUGGACAACGAGCGCGAGGAGAGUUCCACGGUGCUGGAGGUGGAGAUCAAGGACUACCCCGGCCUCCUGCGCAUCAUUGCCUGGGUGUUGAAUGGGCUGGACCUGGUCGCGGAGAACGCCGUGGUGAGCACAGACGCCGAGGGCAUAGCGCACAACACCUUUUGGCUCACCAGCCUCAGCGGCAAUAAACUGAAGGACAAGACUGCGGAGAUGCUGGCUGACCAGGUCAGGGAUUACCUAAUGUACUGCACUCACCAGAGCGAUGUGAAAGCGGCGACAGAAUUCACAUCUGGGCCCAUCACCAUCUCCAACUCGGAGGACAAGGAGCACUCCGUGAUCCAUGUCAGGGAAGACAACCCGUCCCCUGGCUUCCUCCUUGAGGUGGCGUCGGCACUGACCGGUCUCAACACCCAAAUACAGCAGGGCGUCAUCCAGGGCACAGGAAACUGCGAGAACAAGGAUACGAGCCUUGGCUGUGAUGCCCGCCUCUUCAAGUUCUGGGUGAAGAGCAGCACCGGCGAGAAGCUCAACUACGAGCAGGCCAGCGCCCUGCUCUUCACGCUCAACGUCGUGCUGGGCAACUACCUGAACCCCCUGACGCCGCCAGACGCAGCGCUGGAGGCCACCAACAACACCAGCACCGCCUGA